CCUGGCGGAACGCAGGCACCCUAGUCCUAGAUUGCAAGCUGGCUUGCUUUGGUGACGUAAGCCAGAAGCCCUGUCUCUCUCUCCCUCUCUCUCUCUUUUCUCUCUCUCUCUCUCUCUCUCUCUCUCUUUCUGUGAGUGUGUGUGUGUCUCUCUCUUUCUCUUCCCCCCUCCCCUCCCUUUCCAAGCUCUCUAACAUUUAAGCGAAAAUGCUUCUUUCUGUGCCUCCUCGUGCAGGAAUUGCCACUUUUGGCUACAACAAGAGCAACAAGAAGCCUUAUGUCUCAGUGGCCCAGCAGAUGGCACCCCCAAGCCCCAGUGGCAGCUGCAACAACAAUAGCAGCAGCAGCAGCAGCAGUGGGCCAGGCGGUGGCGGAGGUGGCGGGGACCAGCUGAGCAAAACAAACUUGUAUAUCCGGGGCCUGCAUCCUGGUACCACCGAUCAGGAUCUUGUCAAGCUCUGCCAACCAUACGGCAAAAUCGUCUCCACCAAGGCCAUCCUGGACAAAACAACCAAUAAAUGCAAAGGUUAUGGCUUUGUGGAUUUUGACAGCCCCACAGCAGCUCAGAAAGCUGUGACUGCACUCAAGGCCAGUGGAGUCCAAGCCCAGAUGGCCAAGCAACAGGAGCAGGACCCUACCAACCUCUACCUGUCAAACUUGCCUUUGGGCAUGGAUGAGGCUGAGCUGGAGUCGAUGCUGAAACCAUUCGGACAAGUCAUCUCUACACGUAUCCUACGUGAUGCCAGCGGCACCAGCCGAGGAGUUGGCUUUGCCAGGAUGGAGUCUACAGAAAAGUGUGAAGCCAUCAUCACCCACUUCAAUGGCAAAUAUAUCAAGACACCUCCUGGGGUCCCAGCUCCUCCAGAUCCACUGCUUUGCAAGUUUGCUGAUGGUGGCCAGAAGAAGCGCCAGAAUCAGGGCAAAUAUGUGCAAAAUGGACGAGCCUGGCCAAGGGAAAGUGAUGCGGGUGGAAUGACAUUGACUUAUGACCCUACAACAGCGUUACAAAACGGGUUCUAUACAACGCCCUACAGCCUGGCCCCGAACAGGAUGAUUGCCCAGACUGCGCUCUCCCCUUAUCUCCCAUCACCUGUUUCCUCUUACCAGGUCCACAGUCCAUCUUGGAUGCACCAUCAGUCAUACCUCAUGCAGCCCACGCAGGGGACGGUGCUCACACCUGCCAUGGACCACGCCAUUUCCAUCCAGCCCACUUCCAUGAUGGGGCCUCUCACCCAACAGCUGGGCCAUCUGUCCCUCAGCAGUGCUGGCACAUAUAUGCCAGCGGCAGCAGCUAUGCAAGGAGCCUAUAUCCCCCAGUAUACACCGGUGCCUUCCUCUAGUGUCGCAGUUGAGGUAAGAGGCCCUUUGGUCCUUCCUGCUUAAAUUAGGAAUGCUUCCUUGGUACAGAUUUAUGCCUUUAAACAAAAAGGCCCCCAAUGCUGAGUUCACACAAUAACUUUGAGCAAGCUAAAACGGGCAUGGAAAAUGUGUGGCUUAUUUUCUUCUGGGAUUCCAACUUCUGCCAUUG